AUGAUUAUUGCUAACACACCAGCAGCGGUAUUAGCAGCAGCAGCGGUAGCAGGAGCAGUCGAUGCCAUGUCGGACAGGCUCGCUCCGGACAAACGCUUCAAGUUCGUUCACAACGGCCAAGCCGUCUACGAGUGGGACCAGACAGUUGAUGAGAUAGAGAUUUUCGUUCCGCUGCCCGAAGGAGUGCCCGCAAAACUGUUCACGUGCCAAAUAGCGCAACGGCACAUCACGGUCGGCAUCAAGGGCAACCCGCCUUACUUGGACCACGACCUAGCCGGGGCUGUGAAAGUGGACGACAGCUUCUGGACCAUUGAGGGCUCUGAGCUCCACAUUUCGUUGCAAAAGGCCGAACGAGGCAAGACGUGGCCGGGCGCCAUUAAAGGGCACACUUUGGAUGCUUUCUCUGCGGAUCAGGAGUCGAGACGGCUCAUGCUGGAACGAUUCCAAAUAGAGAAUCCCGGGUUUGACUUCUCGGGUGCAGAGCUCACAGGAUCGUGCCCCGACCCAGCAGCGUUUCUUGGUGGCAUGCAAAGGCAGUGA